AUGAUGAUGGUGGUGCAGAUGGUGCUGGUAGUAGAGAAAUGGAUGUUGGAUUUCGGUAGCCGUGGUAGUGCUGAUGCUGGAAGUGAUGGCGGUAGUGCUGGUAAAACUGGCAGUAGUUGUGCUGGUAGUGCUAGUGAUGCUGAAGGUGAUUGUGGCGAAGGCAAUAGUAGUGCAAGUGCUGGUGCUGCUGGUGAUCUUGCUUGCGGUUCUGGUCGGCUGUAUUAA